AUUUUGUUGAAUGCACGUCAUUUUGCACCAAUUUUGAACGUGGAAAGCGGAGUAGACUUCGGUGAAAAAUAGCCACAAAUCUACGAUUCGACAGAAGAACAUACAUGUACAAUUAAGGAAUUGGUGGAAGAGACACAUUGUGAAUAUGGCCAGUCAUUUCAACUUUGAGAAGAUGCUGAAUGAUGUGACAAAGUUGGACGCUCCUCUCCAGAGAGGCCCGAUGAUGAGAUGGCAGCGCAAAGCCCAGGAAAAGGGUCUGUUGACGGUUCCAUUGGACACAGGGAGGGCAUCCUCUUAUUCACCACGAAAACCCAGGUCAGCAGGGCUUAGUGCAAGGACUCCGGGGAAAACACCCAAUACACCACACAGUGGUUCUGAGAUCACUCCCAAAACACCAUCUAAAACACCUGGAAAAUCCUUGCCUCUCAAGACCUCAAAGACACCGUCGAAAAAGACCUCAAAGACCCCCAGUAAGAAAUUAUCUCGCACCCCAUCAGUUGGGCAGAAGGCAGAAGACAGAUUCAUCCCGAAUCGCACCAGCACAGAUGUGGAGCUAGGAUAUUACGCCAUGAUGAACCAGGAUAAUGACACCUCUUAUCAAACCAGCAAUGAAUUCCAGCAGCAGUUGUCUGGGGCGUUAGGCAAAGGCUGCAACCCUCUUGACAGCAAGAUCCUUUCCUUCAACCAGAAAGUGCAAGUGCAUCAAGGCCAUGCGAGUAAUCUGCGUGUGUUGUACAGCACUAGUAAAUGUACUGCUCCAAAGGCCACCAAUGCUCGCUUUGUCCCUAAGCAACCUGAGAGGAUCCUGGAUGCUCCAGACUUCAUGGAUGAUUACUAUUUGAACCUGAUUGAUUGGUCAUCCAAUGACCACCUGGCUGUAGCUCUAGGGGAGGAGGUGUUUUUGUGGAACAUGCGUGACAGCACCACAGUGAAGCUGAUGGAGACAGAACACGCCAACCAGACUGUCACUUCUGUCUCAUGGAUAAAAGAGGGCAACAUCCUGGCAGUGGGCACCAGUGAUGCUGUUGUGGAGUUGUGGGAUGUGGAGGAAAGGAAGUUGGUUCGGUCUAUGGGAGGUCACGCUGCCAGGAUAGGGAGCCUUUCCUGGAACUCUCACAUCCUCUCCAGUGGAUGCCGAACUGGGGCAAUUCACCACCACGAUGUUCGCAUAGCUGACCACCAGGUGGCUAAUCUGGUCAGCCACACCCAGGAAAUCUGUGGCCUUAAGUGGUCUCCUGACGGCCGGUAUCUGGCCAGUGGUGGCAAUGACAACCUGGUCAGCAUCUGGGAGCCUAACCUAGGACAGAAUGUGACUCCUCUGCACAGGUUUACAGAGCACCAAGCUGCUGUUAAGGCUCUGGCAUGGUGCCCGUGGCAGCCAAACAUACUGGCCACGGGAGGGGGCACUGCUGAUCGUCACAUUCGCUUCUGGAACGUUUUCUCUGGUGCUGCUCUUAACUCCGUGGACACUAACUCUCAGGUGUGUGCACUUCUUUGGUCUGAGGAACACCGUGAGAUCAUCAGUGGUCAUGGAUAUUCUAAGAAUCAGCUGAUUUUGUGGAAAUACCCAAGUAUGAAGAAAGUUACAGAGCUAACUGGCCACACAUCGCGUAUCCUUUGCCUGGCUAUGUCAGCUGACAACACCAUGGUCACCAGUGCUGCAGCAGAUGAAACGCUGCGACUGUGGAAGUGUUUUGCUGUGGAAAAGACCAAGAAAACCUCCUCUAAGAAAGCUGUAGGCCAGGCAAGCAGUCUGAGCAUGAUGCAUCGUGGGAUCCGAUGAGUUUGUGACUCGCACAGAAUGCUGUUGUGUUGGAAUACCGCCAACGAUGUCUGUCUAUACUGCAAGAUAGAUUGUGAAACAGAAAUGCUGUCCAUGACAAAAUCGCACCCAUUUACCCCAUGAAGUGCAAUAAAAUUGCCUGUCAAACCUUCAACCCUUUUAUCUCUACUCUGUAUUUCGAUUGAACCACUGUGAUUGAGAUGGGGUUUUUGUGAUGUGCCAAGUGGAGAUUCUCUUUUAUAAAAGUUACAUAGCUAACAGAGUUGUGAUAUCAAAGUACUGUGAUGUUUGAAUGACCGUAAAUAUUGCCAGGUUAAACACGACAUCCACUUUUUAACAUGAGCUUAUAUAAAAUCGCUCAUGCCAAACUGUAGAUAGACAAAAAGAAAUGUGGAAUGUUUUAAUGCCGCACCCACGUUUGUAGAAAAAGUCUUGAAAAACGAAACAAAAAACGUGACCAUGCAUGAACAGUUCUUUUUACUUUGACGGUCUUAGUGUGGCCCUGUCUACAGGGUUCCAAUUUUAAGAUUGUAUGAGUUACAUGCAACCUUCGGUUUUACUUCACUGUGGUCCAGCAUACCUCUGCCUUCACUCACACAGCCAUUAUGAAAUAUUAGAGUGAAGAUGGAAGCAUGUAGAACUACAGUUAUAGAUAGCACAUAUGCCAGUUUUCCUGCAAUAGAUAUAGAUAUGUACUUCUAUAUACUGUCAAGUUUUGACGUAAAUAGUCAGCUGUCAGUGAUAUUUUGUAUUAAUUUUUUUUUUUUUUUGAAAAGAUAUUGUGUAUAUUUAUACUGAUGUAUGUGAGAAUAAUUGCCAAAUUUUACGCAAGAGUUUUAAAUGGAAUCAGCUGUCUUAUGAUUCUUGGAUGUCCCAGA